AUGACAAUAAGUACCGAGCUCACUCGAGCACUGGGGAUCAGACAUCCUAUCGUCCAGGGCGGAAUGCAAUGGGUUGGUACACCACCUUUAGCUGCUGCUGUUGCUGCCUCGGGGGCUCUGGGAAUCCUCACCGCUCUCACUCAGCCUAGCCCUGAGGCGUUGAGGGAGGCGAUACGGGAAACGAGGAAAAGACUAGGGGAUCGUCCCGGACGUUUUGGAGUCAAUAUCACCCUCUUACCCACCAUAAACCCUCCAGAUUAUGCCGGAUAUGCUCGAGCGGCCAUGGAAGAAGGUAUAGAUAUCUUCGAGACAGCCGGAAAUAAUCCCGGUCCAUUGAUCAAACUCCUCCAAACCUACGUAUCCCCUUCAGACUCUGGCUUGAGGAAAAGGUAUAUCAUACAUAAAUGCGUCACUGUCCGACAUGCUCUCUCAGGUCAAAAGAUGGGGGUGGAUUGUUUGAGUAUAGACGGUUUUGAGUGUGCUGGACAUCCCGGAGAAGAAGAUAUUGGCGGGAUCGUUUUGCUGGCUAGAGCGGCUAAGGAGUUGAAGAUACCGUAUAUCUCUUCUGGCGGGUUUGCGGAUGGUCGAGGACUAGCUGCUGCUUUGGCGUUGGGUGCUUCGGGAAUCAACAUGGGUGAGUUUACCAGGCAAGGAACUCGGUUCAUGUGUACCGUAGAAGCUCCCAUACAUCAAAACGUCAAGGAUGUCAUAGUGGCUUCCACGGAAAAGGAUACCGUCCAUAUAUUCCGAACUCUGAAAAAUACUGCUAGAGUAUACAAGAAUGCUGUAUCGAUGGAAGUAGUCCGACUUGAGCAAAGACCAGGAGGCGCCAAGUUUGAAGAAAUCCGAGAUCUUGUUUCCGGAGCUAGGGGAAGACAAGUGUAUGAGACUGGAGAUGUGGAAGCUGGUGUUUGGUCGGCGGGAAUAAGUAUGGGUCUCAUUUAUGAUAUUCCUACUUGCGACGUUUUGGUCAGUCGGAUGGUGAGGGAGGCGGAACAGAUUAUCGGGAAUAUGAGAGGGAUGAUACAGAUUGAGGGUGGUGAAGAAGCUUGGAGUAGAAGAAAUUCUAUUCGGCAGAGCAAGCUGUGA